AGUGUUGCGUGGAAACCCCAUGAAUUGUGCUGUGAUGUCACGGAAGGCCCCUUACUGUAGCCAGUGUAGUGUAUGUAGCAUAUAAAGACACGAGAGGAAGUGGCUCUGAGAGUCCACAUCUGAAUCUGACAGAGUCAAGAUGGCACUAAAGCUGCAGCUUUGCUUCCUAGUCUUGUUUGUAAGGGGAUCCAUUGCAGUGCAACAUUUGACCGUGAUGGAGGGUGAGACACUAACCAUGAAGUGUCACAUUAGAAAUGCCAAAGGGAGCCACGUGGAAUGGAAGAAUCCUGAUGGGCAUGUUAUGUUUUUUAAUAACCAGAAGGCCCUGAAGGACAAGCGCUACAAGAUAAUAAACUUGUCUGACUCCGUUUUUUCAGUCAGUGUGUCUGAUGUCACCUUCAAAGAUGGAGGCCUCUACACAUGUUUACAUUACAUUCACAAAGUGCCUGUAGUGAAGUUGGUUAAUGUGACAGUUUUGGGUAAGCCAAAAUUGGAGAUAACAGAACACAAUGGAAAGACUGCCAUAAAAUGUUCUGCAGUGGGAAAUGGCCAUCCUCCCAAAAUCUCAUGGCUGUUGGAGAGUGGGUUAGAAAUGUAUGCUCAGCCUCAGUCCCAGUAUCUGUUGGACAAAAACACAUAUUCCUCCCUGGAUAUCUUGUAUGUUCAGUCCUACAAGAGGAGAGUCACGUUGAAAUGCAUUGUUCGCCAUCCAGCCUUACACAAUUCAUCCCUGAUGAAUUUUGUGAAAAUUGGACAGAAUCCCACUGAGGAAUCACACUCCACUACGAGAGCCUCUCAUUUGCUCAGUACAGGUCUAACAGAGGUACCAACAACAACAGUCUCCCAUUGGCAUAGUACACAGGUAUCAUCAGAAACACAAACAGCUACAGCCUUAGAUUGGCCAAAUACAGAGGGAUCACCAGCAUCAACCCCUGACUUACAGCUCAGCACUCACAAUUGGUCGUCAGUGUCCCAGACAACAGAGAACACACCUCAUAAUGGCACAGGACACAACUCCAGCAAUGCUAAAGGAAGCUUCGUCAAUGAUACGGAGACGCAGAAAGGAACUGGAGGAAGUGCGCUGUUGCUUAUCUUCCUUGUGACAUGCCUCAUCCUUGGUCUGCUUGUGGUUGUUUCGCUCUUCGUGAUCAAGCUGAGGAGGGCUCACAUACUCUGGAAGAAAGAAAAUGAAGACUCGGAUCAAUCUGUGGAAAGCAACAGAUCAAAAUCAAGCAAUGAAGAGAAACAAUCUCGAGGAAGAAGGGGCAACGGACUCUUUAACAUCAGAUUCACAAAGUAUGUCAUUGAGGAACCCAUGGCAACAGAGACGAUGACAACAACAAACACCAAAACAGAAGAGGAUCCUGAAAUUCAAGUCAUCCCACAGACAAAUGGAGCAACCCAAAGCACUCAGAUCAAGGAGAGGGAACUGUAACAUUUUCCAGUGUUAUCAUAUAGAGAAUUUACAUUGAAUCAUAAAAGUCAUCAUAAGCACAAAGAUGUUACACCAUAUUUUGGGAUGGAAUAUUGUUUUAAAACAUGCACUUUGAUAUGGUGGAUUAUUCUGUGUGUACACAGGCUCAUAAGCUGCUAUGUAUCAUUUCAUUGUUUUAUCAAAGUUUAUUUUUAUACUGAAAAACAAUGAAGAAUAUACAACAUAAGGAUAUGGAUUUCUCUCUGUAAAUAUUGUAUAAAAGUGUGUAAAUACAAUACAAUCUUAUCACAAAC